AUGCGGUCAGCCCCGGUGUCUGGCCUCCUGGCCCCCGUGGCUCUGCUCGUCCUGCUUUGGCCUUCAAAUAGGUUAACCGCAUGCAGCUGCUCCCUCGUGCACCCCCAACAGGCAUUCUGCAACGCGGAUAUAGUAAUCCGGGCUAAGGUAAUCAGUGGCAAAGAAGUGGAUAGUGGGAAUGAUGUUUAUUUGAAUCCCAUCAAAAGGAUUCAGUAUGAGAUCAAACAGAUAAAGAUGUUUAACGGUCCUGAUAAGGAUAUUGAGUUCAUCUUCACUGCUGCAUCUUCUGCUAUGUGCAAUGUGACUCUGGAGACAUCUGGAAAGAAGGAAUAUUUGAUUGCAGGAAAGGCUGAAGGUGAUGGAAAGAUGUACAUCACACUGUGUGACUUCAUUUUUCCAUGGGAUUCUCUGAGUGCAACUCAAAAAAAGAGUCUCAACCAGCGAUAUGAGAUGGGCUGUAAAUGCAAGAUUUCACGAUGUCCUUUCAUUCCAUGCCUUGUCACUUCCCAAGAUGAAUGCCUGUGGACCGAUUUGGGUGACAGAGAAAACACUAUGCCUGCAUCAAACGCAGUGAUGGUUCUUGCUCCUGGUACCGAGGGACAGCUCCUCCCAAACAGCAGUUCCUUGACAUAGAGGACCCAUAGCCCCAACUGCUAUCAUGCCCCAAAUAUUAGCCCUGUGGGUCCAGAUCAGGAGGAAAAGAAGUGGGUAACUUAACAAGGCCCAGUACUGAUAUCAGUUCCUGAGA